AUGUCAGCCAUCUUCCUACAUCCUUUUCCGGCGGUAACUUUCCCGCUCUUUCACGAAUCAAAACCAUCCGUAUCCAGCGCCCACUUUUAUUAUUUUUGCAGUUUGACGUUAGCCUCAGGACGAAAAGCACAAGAACUGCCGAUAAUAUUCCUAUCUCGAAUUCUUUCUUUCUCCUUUCUUUCUCCCUUCUUAUACUUUUUCUUUCUUUUACUCACUCUGUCAUUCUUGAUUUCAUUAUUUUUCUCUAACACUCUUUAUGUAUAUCACUACAUUUCUUCCUCUCUUUCGGGAAUUUCUCUCUCCUCCCCUCCUUUUCACCAUCCCAUGCCUUUUUUUUCUUUCCUUUUUUUUUUAAUCCUCACUUUCGAUUCCCCUUUUUUACUCUUUCUUUUUCCCAUUUUUGCCCUCUAUUCCCGCCUUUUUCUCGUUCUCAUUCACUUUUUACGUCUUCAAUUCCCGCCUUUUUCUCUUGCAAUUUCUCUUUCCCUUUUCUUUCGCCCUCCUUUUCUCCAUCUCUUUCCAUCUCGUCCUCCCUUUCAUUUUUCUUUUCUCCCUCUUGUACUGUUUCUUUUUUAUUCCACUCUUUCUCUCUUUCUUCACCCAACUUUUAUUCCUUUUCUUUCUUCUUGUCUUUUUUUUCUCUUUUUGUCUUUACAUCGCCCUUUCCCUCGUUUUCUCUCAUUCUUUUCUCUUCCACGCCACUGUUUUUCCUCUUUGUCUCUCUCGCCUAUUUCGAAAUAUUCUUCAGUUUUUCAAAUUAUUCUUUUAGAAAUGUGCUCUUCUUUGCAUUUUUGCUUUUGCUUCUCCUUCUUUGCAUUUUUGCUUUUGCUUCUCCUUCUUUGCAUUUUGCUUUUGCUUCUCCUUCUUUGCAUUUUGCUUUUGCUUCUCCUUCUUUGCAUUUUUGCUUUUGCUUCUCCUUCUUUGCAUUUUACUUUUGCUUCUCCUUCUUUGCAUUUUUACUUUUGCUUCUCCUUCUUUGCAUUUUUGCUUUUGCUUCUCCUUCUUUGCAUUUUGCUUUUCAUUCUUUGCAAUUUUUUACUUUUGCUUUUCCUUCUUUGCAUUUUUGCUUUUGCUUCUCCUUCUUUGCAUUUUGCUUUUGCUUUCCUUCUUUUGCAUUUUGCUUUUUGCUUCUCCUUCUUUGCAUUUUUGCUUUUGCUUCUCCUUCUUUUGCUUUUUUGCUUUUAUUCUCCUUCUUUGCUUUUGCUUUUGCUUUUUUUUACUUUUGCUUUUGCUUCUCCUUCUUUUUUUACUUUUUGCAUUUUGCUUUGCUCCUUCUUUGCAUUUGCUUUUGCUCCUUCUUUGCAUUUUUUUUUUAUUGUUUGCUUUUACUUUUAG